AUGUCAUCGUCUUCGCCAGUAAAUGAUAAUCUGGAAAAAAGCGAGGAGUUGUCCUGCAUUGAUUUAGCGUUAGAAGGUGAACGUCUAUGUAGAGCUGGUCAAUGUCGCGCUGGUGUCCUCAAAUUCGAAGGUGCAGUUCGAGUCGGAACUGAAGAUUUAAAAACUCUUAGUGCCAUUUAUAGCCAGUUAGGCAAUGCUUACUUUUAUUUGCAUGAAUAUGAGAAGGCAUUACAAUAUCAUCGGCAUGACUUAACAUUGGCGCGUACAUUGGGUGAUCGGCAGGCGGAAGCUAAGGCUAGUGGCAACUUAGGCAAUACUUUAAAAGUAUUAGGUAAAUUUGAUGAGGCGAUUCUUUGUGCGAAAAGAUACCUUGAAAUUUCACGUGAAAUUCAGGACAAGCAUGGCGAAUCGAAUGCUUUAUAUAAUUUAGGAAAUAUUUAUCAUGCUAAAGGCAAACAUUCAGGUCGUUGUGGACAUCAUGAAAACGCAGAACUUCCACCUAUUGUUAAGGAUACAUUAGAAAAGGCAAUAAGCUAUUAUUGGAAAAAUUUAGAUUUAUUGCGUGAAUUAAAUGAUAAGUCGGGACAAGGUAGAGCGUAUGGCAACCUUGGCAAUACUUAUUAUCUACUUCGUAAAUUUGAUGAUGCAAUUAAAUGCCAUAAAGAGCGCCUAGAUUUAGCUAUUGAAUGUAAAGAUGUGUCUGCUGAAAGACGCGCCUAUAGCAAUUUAGGGAAUGCCUGUGUCUUUGGCGGAGAUUUAAGUAGUGCGGUUGAGUAUUAUAAAAAAGCUCAUACUAUCUCGAUAAAGAUGAAUGAUAAAGCGAUUGAGGCGCAGACGUGCUAUAGCCUUGGAAAUGCUUAUACUCUCCUACGAAACUUUUCAAAAGCUAUUGAAAUGCACCGCAUGCACCUUAAAAUUGCUCAAGCACUUAAAGACCGCGUUGGUGAAGGCCGAACACAUUGGAGCUUGACUAAUUGUCAUCAAGAAUUAGAUAAUUUCUGGGAGGCUCUCACACAUGCUAAAGAGCAUCUUGAAAUUGCCAAAGAGAUUGGAGAUCAAACAGGUAGAUUGACAGCCCAAAAUAAUAUCUCCAGUUUAAAUAAAAUUCUGAGUGUCAUGAGCUCAAAAGAAGCAGAGAGCAGCUCGAAUAAUAAGGGGGCAAUCAAAACCGCUGAUAACUUAAAACUGGUUAAACAACACAGUGAACCGCUCUAUCCACAGUCAAAAUCGCGUGCUAGUUUGCGUUCAUCAAAAGAAGACGCCGUGAUGAAUGAUGAAGUAGGACUACUAGAUCUUAUUCAACGCGUUCAAGGUAGCAGACUUGAUGAGCAGCGUACAAAGUUACCGCCACAGAGUCGCGAAGGGAUGAUGGAAAUGGUUGCAAGAUCUCAAGGCAAACGUCUUGACGAGCAACGAGUAAGUGCUUUCCAUUUACCUGGUCUUAAUGACAAUGGGGCUGCCAAAGUUAGGGAAUUGUGGAAGAAGAAAAGAGAGAGCUUGGGUGAAACAAAUUCAAAUGAACCUGAUAAUGAAUUCUUUGAUAUGCUUAUGAAAUGCCAGGCGUCACGAAUUGAUGAACAACGAGUUGAAGCUCACUUACAGAUUUCUGCUCCUACGGUUCCGGAUGAUGAUUUCUUCAAGUUAGUUAUAAAUGCUCAAUCUGGUCGCAUGGAUGAACAACGAUAUGCGUUGCCUGAGCCUGGGUAUCGGUCUCAUACAGGAACAUAA